GGGCGGAGAGUUUCCAUAAAGCACCAGAGAACAACUACUUUACAUCAUCUUAUUCUCUCGUGUUUGUAGAAGUUUCUGUGCAUUUUGAGGAGCACACAGAUAUGGUGGUGCUGAGGUUGGUCGUGCUACUGCAGGGGCUGCUUCUCGCAGCACGAUGUGAGGUCAGAGCCAGAGACCCAGAGGUAGAAGAGGACGAUGAGCUGAAGGACAUGUCUGAGGGUCGUGGAUGGGACCAUAGAGUUCCACUGGUUGGGUUAGGAGCACCUCAUCAUGGUCAAGGACUAAACAGGCAGAGCCCUGAUGUCUAUGCAUCUGUCCACCAUCCAGUUGGUCAUGGACACCAUGAUCCCACUCAUGGACAUCUUUCUCCAGACAUGCCCAAGGGAACAGUGGACCCAUCCAUUGCAACUAAGACCAAGGACUCUUUACCUCGCACUGGGAAUUGGUGUGCGUUUGUUCACAAGCAUGCUGUUACUGUGGCAGUAUCCUGUGGAACUGAGAAGUACAUCAUUAAGUACCUGAGCCCCUGUCCUAAUGGCAUCCCCGACUGUCAGCUAGUCAUGUACAAGCUGUCCACUCGGCCAGUGUACAGGCAGAAGGAAAAAAUCUACACUUCACUGCAGUGGCGAUGCUGCCCUGGGCAUGCUGGGGAAAACUGUGAGGAGACAGUCACAGACGGCCAUGUCUCUGAAUCUGAAGACCCCACUGUGGCAGACACUGAACAUCCGGGGAGACAUGAAGCAACAGACAUAGGAUAUAACAAACUAACUCAGGAGAACAGAGAGCAGAGUGAUUACCAAAUGUUUGGCGGUCCACUCUAUGAAACUCAACAAUCUGAUGUAGAGAAUCAAACUGCAGCAGAGCCCAUCGAUUACUAUGAGCACAGCCAUCAUUCUGUCCGUGAACGGCGUAACAAUCAACACUUUGAGAGGAGAGAUCCUCAUGCUGUAAAUGAAGGUGUUCCUCACCCUGAAGUACCUUCUCAUCACCAUGGGCUCCUACAAAUUUUGAAAGAGGCUGUGAUGUCUCAGCUACAACCUGUGUUGGAGAAUUUCAAUCUAACCCUGGAACGGCUUUUUCAGGAGGUGCAGGGUUUGCAGCGGGACAUGGACCAACUUCGACAUGAUCAGGGGCGGGCCGCGGAGCCUCUAGAGGUUGGUGGUGAGGAGCACAAUCCACAGGAGGCUGUUGAGGCAGAGUUGAGGGAGAGUUUCCAGAAGCUGGAGGAGGCAAAAGCUCAGUUUCGCGACUACCGCAAUGAGAUAGAAGCAAGGCUCCACGCACAGCAAACCAUGCUGCACUACAAUCUGACCAAUUUCAAGACAGCCAUGGAUGUCAAAAUUAAGCGUAACCAGAAGAUGAUACAGGUGAAUCUCCACUCUCUAAACACAUCGAUGUCAGAAGUGCAGCAGGAGCAAGAGAGGCUGGACAAGGAACUACAGAAGAUUUGCAACGAAAAGACCGAUCCUGCACAGAGUCAGUCUUAUGAGAGCACAGCUGUUUGGGAGGCCAUCACACGUCUGGACAACAAAGUCAUCAACAACACAGUGAGACUUAGUGGCUUGACUGAAGGCCAAGAACAAGUGACUGAAAACAUUAAGGACCUCCAGAAUGGUUGGGGAGAUCUGGAUGAGAAAAUAGUCCAGACUGGCCUCAAAAGCCAGGUUCAGUUCAUGGAGACAGUUUUAGAGGUGGAGGCAGCCAAGGUAGCAGUUCUUGACCGCAUUAAUGAGCUGAGCAGCAACAUCAGUGUUCUCCAGACCACUAUGCAGGAGAUGGAGUCUGAUGUCGACCAUCUCUUUACAGUGUUCCACAAGAAUAUAAGUUCAGCAAGUGGGGAUUGUGACUGUGCCGCUCUUGGAGUAUCUGUGACCGAACUGGAACAAACUGUAGCUAACGUGAUGGAGAUAGCGAAUGAAAAUAAGUUGGCCCGUGAGAGUGAGGCACAGGAGAUGUUGGACAAUGGUGCUUGGAUUCCAUCUGUGGAAGAUUUGAAACUAGGGUUACUAAAUGUGCAAAAGUCCCUUGCAUUUGAACAGGAAAAGAGCAGAAUGUUACAGCACAAUGUGACCCAGCUCCAAGCCUCUCUGCUAGGCAGCCAGCAGGACAUCGAAACACUCCAGGAGCAGAACAGGACCGAAGUCAAGAAAAUCCAGCAAUUAGAUAGCGUUUUCAAAACCUUGCUUGAGGACACUAUUCGUCACUCGGAGGUACUGGAGUUUUUGCUGGAGGAAGAUGUGUUGGAGUUUAUAGCAUUAUCUAGUGAGGACAAAAGAAGUUUCUCUGUUCCAGAAUUGAGGAAAAGCAUCAGAGAUAUGCAAGAGCAGAUCAAUGGACACAGUCGCAGCUUGGCCUCAAUGCUGAACUCUGCUACCACCCAGGUGGCGGCAGCAGAUGAGCCCUCAGUGCUUCCAGACUGGGUCUCGGUGGGCACCAAAAGGAGACAUGGGGAAGAAAGGUUCGUCUUGUCCGAGGAACUGCCAGAGUACUCUGAUAAUGACUUCUGGACUUUAGAGAAAAUGGUGAAAGAACUUGGAGCUCACAUUAAACAGCUCGAGGUAAAUCGCUGUUCUUCUUGUUGCAACUGUACUAAAACUUCUGCCUCUGGUGGUGUGGAGGGGAAAUUGCAGUCCAAUGUGGAUGCUUUGCGGAAGGACCUGGAGACCCAUCUUGGAGUUUUUAACAGCAUUUUCAGUAAUACAGAGGGACUUACUGGCUCUGAGCUGUCUGUGGAUUUGAAUAAAUUGUCAGCAUUGAUGAAGAGAAAGGAAGCAAAACAACAGAACAGGAGACAAAAGAAGAGAGCAGAUAACAGAGCUGUUCAAACAGGAGAACGAAUCAAUUACCGCAGCAGGAGGGAUGCAUCACUGGAGUCCGCAGUGCUUCGUCAGCUCCCGGAUAGUCCAAUUAUGUUCUUGGCCAGCACUGCUGAAGGUACUAAUGGAUCUGGCACUAUACUUUUUGAAAGUGUGACCCUAAAUCAUGGACACUUAUACUCGCCAAAAACAGGCAUAUUUCGUGCUCCUACUUCUGGUGCUUACCUCUUUGUGGUGACACUGGACUUUGGACCAGGCCCAUCUCUGGCUCAGUUAAAGAGAGGUGGAGCGGUAGCUGCAUCCUUGCGGCAGAACCCGAGGAAGUUGGGUGCACCUGCAACACGUGUCUGUAUCCUGCAGAUGGAGCAAGGAGAGGAACUCCGUCUAGAGCUGCUUCAGGGUACUAUAGAACGCAACAACCCACAAGAUAACACGUUUGCAGGUCUACUAAUGCUGCAGACCACCUGAGAACAUGCUCCAAUCUAAAGGUGCUAGAAGAUGGUAGGAUUACAAAAUAGAAAAGAAAAAAAAAUAAUCACUUUUAUUUUUUUGCAAUGCCAACCACUUUCUCUUUCAGGACAAAGUAACAGCUUAUGUUAUUAGUAACUGUGAUAGGUUAUUGUUUUCAAGGAGUAAGGUUUAGAUGAUGUGUCCCUAUGUGGUGGACUAAAAAAAGUCUUGAAUUUGGCUUCAAUGUGACAACUACAUGAUAUUCCAGAA